UCAUAUUGCGCAUGUGCGUGCGUAUUAUGGCGACAUUUAAACUGACAUUUAAAAUACAUAUAAUAUAAGUACAUGUGUAUUCUUUAUGUAUUUCUAAUAGAUGCACAUAUAAAUGAUUAUUAAAUAUGCAUCGAACAAGAGAAGUGUUCAAAAACAUUGUCGGUUUCCUAAGAGGGGGAGAUCGAGUCGUAGCUUGACUCCCAAAUGCAUUAAAAUGGAAGUUUCGAAACACGAGCAAUUAGUUGAUACAUAUGAGAAAAUUUAUGGAGAUGAAUGCCGAAUCUGUUUGAAAAAAGCUGUUGAAAUUUGUGAACUUUUUAAAAAUGGGGACGCUAUUCCUCGAAAACUUAUGGCCGUUGCUUCUGUACAGGUUGAAGAAGGAGAUGGUUUACCACCAGUGAUUUGCUUGCCUUGUAACCAGCGUUUAGAUGCAUCUUACGAUUUUAAAUGUCAAAUACAAAAUUCAGAUGAGAAGCUUCGUCAAAUUCUAAAGCUGAAAUCCUCUUCUAACGAUUCUGUUACCAACGCCAGCACCAUAGUUACAGCAAUAAUCGCUGAUGUGAUAUCUAGCGUAAUAUCUUCUGAGAAAGAAAAUACAGAAAAACAAGAAGUUUGUUCUACAAAUUUCUGCAAUGAUAAUUUUUGCUUUACGAAAGAUGAAACAGCUUUUUGUCUCAAUUCAGGGAAGAACUUGUUCUGUUACGAAAAAGAAUCGUCACACAGUCGAUUAAACGAUACAGAGCAAAGAAAGAGCCUGGAAAAUGUAAAUGUUUAUAAAAGUUUAUUAGAGGAUGAUUCUGCAAGACAAAUCGAUUCGAUAAAACAAGAGUUUGUUUUAUUAGACGAUCAUAUAGUACAAACUAAAGAUGUUCCAUUAAAGGGAGAAGCGAAUAUCGAAGAAAGUCAACAGAUGUCAGAAGAGACAUCAAAGACAGAUAGUAUUCAAGAUGAUGAUGAUGAUGAUGAUGAUGAAAAACCAUUAAUUUCACGCACAACUAGAUUACGCUGUACACGAUGUAUCAAGUCUUUUCGUACAAAAGUGGCCUUGCAGAGACACGCCAUUGUACAUAAACGUAAAAUCAAAUUACGUUAUGUUUGUUAUGUUUGCGAUAAACAAUAUCCUACGUUUGCAAAAGUGAAAAAUCAUGUUGCAAUUUGCCACGAAGCUCGCGAUAGGAAAGAAAAUAUUCAACAUAAGAGAAUUAGUUAUGAGCAAAAUAAAGCAAUCGCGAGUGUGCAAGAUAAAAGGAUUAAUAGUAAUGUCCAAGAUAAAAGAAUAAAAAUUCAAAAAAAUGAUGACUCUCCUAAGGAACAGCGAAAAAGCUUAAAAUUUACUUGCAAAGUGUGUUUAAAACAAUUUACUUAUCAAAAAUCUUUUAUCACACACGCUAAAAGUCAUCCAGAGUAUAAAAUGGAAGAAUUGGAUGAUUCGUCUCAAUGUUGGGUAAAAGAAAGAUGUACAGAAACCGUGGUGGAAGAGGAAGAAAAUGAAGAAGAGGAAGACGAAGAAGAUGAGGAAGAUGAAAACCUUCCUGCUGAAAGUUUACAGUGCACUCAAUGUGGGAAGUUGUUUGCAACAAAAAGAAAUCUUAAAAGGCAUGUCUCCACACAUAGUGGAUUAAAAUAUACGUGUGAAACAUGUGGUAAAGGAUUCUCAAGAGUGGACAAAUUAAAAGAUCAUGAACAAUCAAAGCACAAGGCUGAAUUAUUCGACAAUUCUGAUUUGGAUGAUAAAGAGGACACAGACAAUGUAGUUAAUAAAGGUGACUGUUUAGAAGGAAGAAAGAAAGAUCGUCACAAUAGACCUCACAAAUGUGCAAUCUGCCCUAAAUCGUUCGCGCAAGCGCAAUCGCUAGCGAAUCACAUAGAACGUCAUAAGCGGGUAAAAGAAACUCAAAAAAGAUUUCUUUGCGAAGUCUGUAGCAAGUGUUUUGCACAGAGUGGUUCUCUGGUUGCGCACAUGCGUACACAUACAGGAGUUAAGCCAUACGUUUGUAAUGUGUGCAGUAGAGCAUUUACGAAGAGCACUUAUCUACAAUUGCAUCUACGUACUCAUAGCGGUGAAAAACCUUAUAUUUGCCAGUAUUGUAGCAGGGCGUUUGCACGUGCUAACACAUUAGCACGGCACAUAACAAUGCAUACAGGGGAAGCAAAAUAUCAUUGUCAGAUUUGUACAAAGUCAUUUAGAAGACUGACUUCGUUGAAUGAACACACUUAUACGCACACUGGACAGAGACCAUACGCUUGCAAAAUUUGUACAAAGAGAUAUAACAAUGCAGGGUCACUUUACGCGCAUAGAAAGAAAUGCAAGGCACAGCAAUUAUCUAACCCUGGAUUCGCGGUUUCCGUGGAAACCUGUACUGUAUCAGAACAACAAGAAGUAGACGUUCCACAAGUCUUGAUCUAUUCCCACAGGAAAUUAGUGGAGGAUGCAACUGUUGGGCAAGUCACGCCCACACCACAGUACAUGCUCGCAAAUGUACACAAUCAGAAGAAUUUGGGAUCAAAUGUUAUACAAUCGUUUCCAGUGGAUGAUUCAAAUGUUUAUACAAUUAAUACGAAGCAAUUUAAGAAUCCCUAUUAUACAAUUUAUCCAAACAUAUAAAAUAAUAACGCGCGUGUGUGUGUGGGAGAUUGAUUAAAGAAUGCCUUUUUUAGAGCUA